AGCAGGCGAGGUGCACCCUGUACUGGUUGCCAGACAAGAAACAUUUUGAGUUGAGUUUCACUUGUAAUGAUUUACAUUUCAUUCAAAGUCAGCUGGGAUAGGCUACAGAUCAUCCCAAAAAAAUCAGAUGCGCAACUCCAGAGGUGUGUGUUUAACUUUCCAAACUGUGAGAGCAUCCUCCUCACUCUGGUUAGUCCAGUUUGUCUCACAAGUCCCACAUGCGGGCAAACAAAAGAUGACUUCAGUAGCCCUCGUCUGGGGACUUGGGCCCUGGGAAAGUGAAGGAUGCUGACUGGGCAAAACCGUCCAAAAAGAUAAGACGCAAAACAAACUGUAGUCACAGCUUGAGACCAGCAGUGCCAUAGACGGGAGGGGAGCUACAGAGAGAAACUUCCAUUUUGGUCUUUGUUUUAAGGGUUGACACUCAUCAUGAAAUACAGGACGGUGGUGAUGUACACAGAAAUUGGCUGCUUUGUGUCCUGCCUUUGCGGCUGGAUCCUGGUGUGCUCCACCCUUCCCACAGAGUACUGGACCUUCUCUGAGGUGGGCAGCAUUGUGCUGACCACCUCCAACUACUACUCCAACCUGUGGAGGGACUGCAUCUCAGACACCACGGGGGUGUCCGACUGCAAAGACUACCCCUCCAUGCUGGCCCUGCCCGGGUUCCUGCAUGCCUGUCGAGCAUUGGCGGUCUGCGCGGUCAUCACCGGGUUCUUUGGCGGCGUUCUCACUCUCAUUGGCAUGAAGUGCACGAAAAUAGGCGGAUCUGAGGUUGCCAACGCGAGAGUGACCUUCGCAGGCGGAAUCACCUACCUCGCCUCGGGCUUCUGUGGUAUGAUCACUUACUCCUGGUGGGCGAACAGAGUCAUCACAGAAUUCCUCGACCCAAAUUUCAGGGCCCAAAAAUUUGAGCUUGGGGCUGCAGUUUUCAUUGGCUGGGGGGGCUCCAUCCUUUUGCUCUCUGGUGGGACUGUGCUGAGUUACUUCUCUGGAAAAGAAGGUCUUCCAUCAGGUUCAUCAAACCGACCACGGAGACCAGCCACUUACGCCACAGCCCGCACUCGAAAGACGUAUAUGCUCCCACCCACCACAUCCAGAGUCAGUCUGGGACCGCCGCUGUUUUAUGAGGGGAGGAAGAGUCAACCAAGCAGAGCAGCAACAAAGAUGACGGGCACCUUCAGCAGGGAUGACUUUGUCUGAGCAAAAGGGGGGUAUUCUCAAAAGGCGAACUUGCAUUGAGGAAAGGUUGACAUUCUUUUGAUAAACACUGCAAAUAACUACUGUAGCUAAACGUCACUUUAGUCACUGUGUUUGAAAAAAAGAAAAACGUUUACUUCUCUCAUAAAAGUGUCAUCCCUUUAUUCUAACACAUCUCAUUGCUGAAUGAUUUUUAAUCAGCAUUUUGUUUUUGUGCAUGAUCUGGAAAUGAGAUUCUCCAGCCUUCUGAUUGGCUAAAAUGAACAAGGCUUUGAGUGCCUUUGGUGUUUUGGCAGGGCCUUGAGAGACAGCUAAUGUCUCUUCCUGAAGAUUUUACUCAGUGUAGUACAUCUAUGCCUUUGUCUUAAAUACGUAGCCAAGUGUAUGAUUCAUUAUUAUUUCAUUUAUUUUUUAAUCUCAACAAGGGGUGUACCUCUCCACAACAAGAGAUGAUUUGAUACAUACUGUAUCAUGCAUGAUACAUGGGGUGUGAUACGGGCCAAGGACAGUUCCAUUUUAAAGUGGAAUGAUUUGAUUCCGUUCAAUUUGUGGGAUUUGAGGCGAUAUGGUGCUCAGUUCGAGAGGGUGUGAUGCAGUGAGUUUCUUUGCAUUUGCCUCACAUCUAAACUAGUUAGUGCUAUGGCAUUUGCUUCAACUUGAUAUCCCUCCAAUAAAACACGAUUUUAUACGCAA